CCCUCACAUUAUUGGACAACAUUCAAAGACUACAACUGUGAAUCAGUGAAGGAUGAAGUGUACUGUGGUGUUUCUUGYGCUGUCCAUGGUUGUCCUGAUGGCUCAACCUUCAGAUGGCUUUGUCAGCUGGAUUGUCCGUGUGAUCAAAAAUAUCGCUCGCCAUAUUCGUAGGAGACGGAGAUAUGGAGAAGACCAACUUGACCAGCAGCAGCUGGACCAGGAUCUGCAAGACCAGGACCAACUGGACCAACUGGACCAGCAACUAGCUCAACUGGAUCAGCAACUGAAACAAAUGGCUCAGCAGCAAGACCAAGAGCAACUGGAUCAGCAGCAGGACCAAGAGCAACUGGAUCAGCAGGAAGACCAGGAGUAACUGGUCAAACAUUACUUUGAAUAAAAGUCUACAUGACAGUUUUAAUUAGACUCAAGUGUCGCUUUAGAAAAUUUAUGUUUUAGCACAAAACAGCAACAACUUUGAUCAGAAAUUCCUGAGCACAUCUUUAAUACUUAACUGAUAAAAGCAUUCAAACUUUUUUCUGUUUUGAUAAAACAAUUAAUAAACAAAUGAGCUUUAA